AUGAAGGUUGUGAAUCUGCCUGCCAAGCGAGCUGCUUCUGAAGCCGAUGACAAGAUUCCCCCGAAAAAGAAUGACCAGUCUACUGGGGACAUAAAAGUGAUUAGUGGAGAUGAUCUCUCAACUUUAACUGGAAAGAAUGUCCUGAUUGUUGAAGACAUAAUCGACACGGGUAAAACAAUGCAGACUUUGCUUUCCCUGGUCAAGCAGUAUAAUCCAAAGAUGGUGAAAGUUGCCAGCUUGCUGGUGAAAAGAACACCUCGAAGUGUAGGAUACAGACCUGAUUUUGUUGGAUUUGAAAUUCCUGACAAAUUUGUCGUUGGCUAUGCCCUUGACUACAACGAAUACUUCAGGGACUUAAACCAUGUCUGUGUCAUUAGUGAGACUGGCAAAGACAAGUACAAAGCAUGA